AUGUCUGAAAAAGAAGAGAGCGAAAUGACUGAAAUCAGGAAAAUGUUCUCCGCAAUAAAUCGCAAAUUAACAGUGGUGGAGGAAAAACUUGAUAGAAACACAGAAGCUAUGAUUACAAUAAGGAAAGAAAAUCUGUUAUUAAAGGAGUCAAUUAAAGAGCAGGAUAGUAGACUCGAACUAUUAGAAAAAGAAGUCCGAAAAAACAACAUUAUUAUUCAGGGAGUAGCUGACGAAAACGACGAAAAAGAGGAAAAACUAACAGAGAAAAUUCAGAAUAUACUGACGAAAAUGGGAGUUAAGGUUGAUGUAGAGAUAGAUGCAUCUGAGAUAAGAAGAAUAGGUACAUAUAAGCCGAAUGGAAAUCGGCCAAUACUUGUGAAGCUACAAAAAUGGAAAACGAAGAUGGAAAUUUACAAAUUAACAAAAAAUCUGAAAGGAUCGGACAUAUGGAUCAAUGAUGAUUUCUCAAAAAAGGUACAAGCAGAAAGAAAAUGCCUAACAACUUAUUUACAGCAAGUUAGACAGCAAGGAAGUACAGCAUAUCUCAGGUACAACAAAAUGAUCAUAGACGGAAAGGUGUAUGGUAAAGAGCACUUUGAAAUGACAGUUAAGAGCAAAGAUAAACGAACCUCUAGUGAAAGGUCGCCGUUAAGACUGAACUCAAUUAAAGACGACAAGGCUAAAAAUAGGGAUAUGAAUGGGCAAAUGAAUUGGAAAAAGCGGAACAAGAAAACAGCUUCGACGAAAAUUGGCACUUGGAACAUACAAACAAUGCUAGGAGUAGGAAAAAUGGAAGAAAUAGCAAGGGAAAUGAAAAAUUAUAAUAUUGGAAUAUUAGCUUUACAAGAAAUAAGAUGGAGCGGCGAAGGGAAAGUCGACAAAGAGGACUUUACACUAUUGUAUGCCGGAGAAGAUAAGCAGGGAAGAAAUGGAACAGGAUUUAUGAUAAGCAAAGAAUAUAGAGAUAUGAUAAUAGACUUUAAAAGGAUUAAUGGUAGAAUAUCUACGAUAAGAAUCAAAAAUAAGAUUGCUAACAUUACACUAGUAAAUGUAUAUGCCCCUACGGAAGAUGCAAGCGAGAACGAUAAAGACGAUUUCUAUGACCACUUAGAGAGAGCAUGUGAAUCAAUACCAAAACAUGACACAAUGAUUAUUAUUGGGGACACCAACGCCAAAAUAGGAAAAGAGAAAUACCUGGAAAAAGUAGCAGGGAAACAAUCAUUGCACAAUAUCUCGAAUGACAAUGGGAAGAGGCUGUGCAACCUGGCAGCAGGGACAGAUAUGUUUAUUGUGAGCACAAAGUUUAUGCACAAACCAGAGCACAAAGUGACAUGGAUGCGACCAGGCAAAACUACAGGUAACCAGAUCGACCAUGCUUUGAUAUCAAAAAAGAGAGAAAAGAUGGUCCAAGAUGUAAGAUCCUACAGAGGAGCAAAUGUUGAUACCGAUCAUCAUCUGGUAAUAGUGAAAAUGAAGAUGAGAACGAUAGUCAAUAAGAAAAUAAAAACGGAAAAUAAGAAAAGAUGGAAUUUAGAAGAAUUAAAAGAGAAAAAAGAUGAAUAUGAAAGUGAGUUAGGAAAACAGCUGGCAGCGGAAGUAGAAGAAAAUGAUAUUGACAAUACUUGGGGACAUUUAAAAAAAUUGUAUGAUAAAAGCGACAGAAAAAAUAGCAGGCAGAAAACCAAAGAGGGCGUUUAA